CCGGGCUGCUGGGGCCCUAGGCUUCCGGGUGGAGAACGUCUGAAUGCUUUCAUCCGCAGUGGCCACUGAUCUUGGGACCAGAGGGAUGUUCCUACGCCCGGCUAAGCCAGGUAGAGAAGGGGCAAGCGCCCAGGCCCGAUGGGCACCCUGCUUGGGUAAAACCUAGCCCGAGCACUUCCUGUGAGUAUCCUGCAGCCCAAGGCCAGUGACAUUGCUGUGAAAAGCCGUGACCCAGGCCCAAGAUGGCAGAGACUAAGGACCCCAUCCAACUUAGGCUGCUCAGCCUGGAGCUGCUGAAACAGCUGUGGGCUGGGCAUGAUGCCAUGUGCCGGUCAGUGGCCAGAGCCGUGUCAGAGCCAAAACAGGACUGUAGCAACAGCAGCAACUUAGAGAUUUCACUGUCCCAAGAGAGUUCUUGCACCUCCUCAGUGGCCCCAAGCUCACAGGACAAAAGACACGUGUGGAACUCACUGGACAAUCAUCGAGGAAACACAGCUGAUACAUCUUGGUAUGACAAGGAGAACUCCAGGGUGAACUCUAUCCCACCUGCCACGUGCCAACACCCAGAGCCCCAGAAUGGACUGUGGCCCCCCUCAGUACCCUUGCUAGCCCCUGAAGCUGUGAAGGGGCCACCGAAAGGUAUGGGACCGCAAAAGACACAGGUCCCAAAGUCUGUCCUGUCAAGACCAAGCAAGCCAUCUAAGCCCAAAGUGACCUUCUCCCAAGAGUCUGUAAUGCCUGAGAGCAGCCGGCGUUUCCUGCCAUACCUGGGCUAUGAUUGGAUUGCAGGGUCCCUGGACAGUAACUCUCCAGUCACCAGUAAACCGGAUGCCUUCUUCUCUGAGCUUCAGAGGUUUCGAGAAACCAACAAAGAGGACUGCAUUUGCGACUCCCCUGAAGCUGUGUUCCCAGGCCUGCAGGAGAGCAGCUGUGUGGAAGGGGACCACGAGUGUGUGUACUGUUACCGUGUCAACCGGCGCUUGUUUCCAGUGCCAGUGGAUCUGGGUACCACUUGCCGCCUGUGUGGGAUAUCUCGAGACCAACAGGGCCCUGAGACUCUGGCGGAGCCCUCGCAAGUCAGGGUGAGCAUCCCACUAUCCAUUCUGGACCCACCACAUCAGUAUCGGAUUCAUAGACGGAAAAGCUUUGAUGCAUCUGACACUCUGGCUCUCCCUCAGCACUGUCUACUGGGCUGGGACAUCCUCCCUCCAAAGUCUGAGAAAAGCUCUGUACCCAAGAGUCUUGACCUCUGGUCCUCUGUGUCCUGUGAAGGAGCCCAGCGCCGACAUCUGUCAGCCACCAGCUCAUCCCUCCUGGGAGGGUCCAGGGUGUGUCCCAACCUUGGGGGGUGGUGUCCAGGUGGGACAGAUCCUAUCAAGAUGGGAGCUCAGGCCCUGACAAGGUGUCCCUCCAACUUUGGAACUCAUUGCUGCCUGCCCCAUUCUACUCAGGAAGGUGGCCCUCACUCCAAGGUGCAGGAGGAAUGGAGGCUAAUACUGGGCCCCACCUGUCCCUGAGUGACCGCCCAAUGUUUUCCCAUUCAUCUGUCCUCUAGUAACUCCCAACACCUCCGCAUUCACCCUCCAGGACUUUCCAGCACAGGUCCCACCCCCCAUCUGGUCAGAGCCUCGGGUUCCUCAGUUCCGUCCCUCCCACUAGAAGCCCUGCAGACGGACCACUCAGAAGGGAAACAGUAUUCUACCAGCACCAUCAGCCUCCCCCGAGGAGCCAGCACCUGAGAGACGGAAGCCCUCAUGAUGAGGCUGAAACCUGACAAGAUGGAAGCAGCUGUGCUGUCUCCUGGCCUGGGCGGAUGGGAGGGUCCAGGCCUGGCCCUGGCCCAUUUGCCUCCUGGGAGUAGAACUCCAAAGUGGAGGGGAAGAGAUACUGUGAGGACUAUGUAAAUAAAACUGAGGGCCCUAUGACUCCC